AUCACCAGUUUGACAGCAGGCGGCAGAGUCCCGUUGCUCUGUAGGUUAGCUACACCGUUCAUUAGAGCUACAUGUUUUAGGGUUUGGUGUGUUUUUUUCUCCUCUGGUUUCGUGUAUAUCUAUUUUGAUUUAUUCUGGAAGGACCAGCGAAAGCAGUCAAAGAUGAGUGAGGUGGAGCUGUCGUGUCUGGCAUAUGUGAAAAUGUUCCUACAUGCCAGCACGUUUCCCCGCUGCAGUGUGAAUGGACUGCUGUUAUCUUCUAAUCCAACAGAGGGCGCUGUAUGUGUAACAGACUGUGUGCCUCUGCUUCACUCCCACCUGCCUCUGGCUCUCAUCACGCAGCUGGCGCUCACACAGGUGGACGUAUGGUGUGCACAGACACAGCAGAGGAUUGUGGGAUAUUAUCAGGCUAAUGCAUGUCUAUCAGAUAGCAGUCCGACUCCAUGUGCUCUGAAAAUCGCAGAUAAGAUCACGGAGCAGUUCAGCAAUGCAGUUUUACUGAUGAUGGAUGGUAGGAAAAUGUCUCCCGGUUACCGUGUCCCCCCAAUAGUGAUGUAUGAACAUAAAGACUCUCGCUGGACCCUAAAAGACAAACACACAAUAAUGCUGCGUCAGUGGGAGGAGACUCGUUCGAUUGCCAACCAGUUACUGAAUUCAUGUGAUCACGCGUUAUUGGUGGAUUUUGACAGCCAUUUGGAUGACAUAACAAAAGACUGGACUAAUCAGAAGCUAAAUGCUAAGAUAAUGGAGCUGGCCUCUCCAGCUAAUGGUAACAUGUAAACUGUGUUCAAGCGUUGUCUACUGAGUAAAUUAUUAUUUGAGAACAUUUUUGAGAAAUCUGAUUUACACUAAUAACACUUUUUAUAUUUGUAAUAUUCGCCUGGCUACGAUGUUCAUAAAAUCUGGUAUCCAUGCAGAUGUGUUAGAGUACAUUUUGUACAUUGAACACAUUGCUAUGAUAAAUGGUAGUAAUAGUAAUAAUACAGAUACGAGUUGUAUUAUCAGAAAUAAGUCAUUCAGAGUGGUUUGGUAUGAAAUAUGUAAUUCUAGAGAAACUUACUGACAUCUUUCUACAGUGGUGAUGGGAACCAGACUAUUGGCUCUGAAUGCUACCUCACAGAAAGCGAUUACAUAUAAAGGUUAUGAAUACAUCGCCUGAUGUCUGUGACAUUGUUUUGGAAUAUAUAUUUUUAAAGUACAUGCAGGAUGGAGAUUUAGAAGCAAAGCACUGUAGUUCAGUUCACAGUUCACAGUACUUUAUUAGUCCCAAGAGGGCAAUUCAUUUGCAGCCUUCUCAUCCACACACACAACUAUACACAUACACACAUAUACACACAAACACAAUGUAACAAUCAUUUAAAAAGACUAUUAUCCACAUUUAAUAGCUUGAUAGCAGAAGGCUCUGUCGAACUCCAAUUAUCUUUGAACAUAUUUUUACAAUGCCUUUCAGGCUAUUCUUGUCCCUCACCGACAGCCCAUUAAACCAACAAAUAAAUGAAAAAGUUAAGACACUUUCAACAAAAGCCUGGUAGAAACUACACAACACUGCAUGACAAACAUGAAAAGAAUUCAGCUUAUGCAAUAAAUGAGCUCUUUGUUGACCCUUCUUAACCACCAGCUCUGUAUUCGCAUCAAAUUUAAGUUGGGAAUCGAAAACUGUCCCUAGGUACUUAUGUGUCCACAAUUUGUACCUCUUUUCCAUGUAUGACACUAGCUUUUGGUUCCUUUUUGUUUUGCCUGAAAUCAAUUAUUAAUUCCUUAGUUUUUGACACAUUAAGGUCAAGAAAGUGCUCAUCACACCACGUAACAAAAGCUGGAAGAGCACAACCAUGAUCUGACUCUGAACCCUGAAGAAAAGAUAAUAAUACAGUGUCGUCAGAAAAUUUUACAAGACAGCUGCCCUCUCUAAAACUCCUGCAGCUGUCUGUAUACAUAAUAAAAAGCAAGGGAGACAGGACACAACCCUGAGGUGCGCCCGUAUUCGAGACCAUAGUACUAGACAUACGGCCACUCACCCAAACUUGUUGAAUUCUAUCAGUCAAAAAAAUCUAUCUGUAAAAAAUCUGUAUGGCAAUACAGUACCCAAAGAAAACAGACGUUUUCAGAUGUACCACUGUUUUACCAUUUGCAGCGCUGCUUAGAACAUAAACAUAAAGACGUGUAGGUUCACUGGUGGUUCCGGAUAGUAAAUAAAAUGGCUAUAUUUGUACUGAACACAUUGUGUUCCCUGAUUCUUAUCACCACCACUUUGAAGAAAUCCAAGUCUUUAGUUCUCUCUGCAGUGGACGUUUCACUCUGAAUGACUCGAUUCUUAUGCAGAACUUUUUCCGCUUUAAAUUUUGUACAGUUUGUCUUCCUUUACUGAUUAGAUUAUACGUAUUGCAGUUUUAUCUCACUUUAUCUUUCUGUUUAUGCACGGUGCCAUUUUAGAGCCACUGCUAAUAAAAAUAAAAAUAGACUUUGAGAAAUAAGUUGUAAUAUUUUGACAAUGAAGUGGGCUAACUGUAGGGGGGCUGCCAUAACUUGUUGGGGGUCUCGGUUUCUGUACUGGAGACAGCGAAAACAAUGAGCACGCCGUAGUUCCUCUCACUCCCGUCUCUUUGUAGAGCGAUCAUUUUGAUCAUCAUUCUUAUUGUCCGUGAAACUUCAAGCCCUCUUUGAAUGGUAUGGAGAUGUAGCCCCCAGGAGUGGUGUAGACGAUUUCCUCCGAGUUCGUCUGGCUCUUUAUUCUAAAUAAACAAAGUUUCCUGCUUCUGCCGUUUCUUAUACUAUGACAGGCUAGGAUAGGCUUAUACUAUGACUAGCUGGCUCCAUCAGCUUAACCCCUCUCAUUUUAACAUGAGGACGUGCUGCCUUCCCUUUGCAAACCCCUUGGCCACAAUAUUGCGACCUUUCCUGGUAUUAAUGCCACUUUAAUGUCGUAAUAUAUUUUCUCAAAAUAUUAAGACUUUUUCUCCUGAACUAGUAAUAGUUGAGUUUUUUUCUCAAAAUAUCAUACUGUAUGACUUUUAUUAUUGAAAUAUUAAGACUUUAUUCUCGGGGUCUAUUUUUAUUUUUAUUAACAGUGGCUCUAAAACGCUGUUUUAGUUUUAUGACAUAUUUCCAUUCCUCACAACCUCAAUGCCAUUCCAUUUUUUUGUUGUUUUUUUUUUUCAGUAACAUGAAAUAACCAGUUGUUAAAAUACUACCCUCCAGUAUAAAAAUCGAAAGUGCUCAAAAUAUAUAAGAACCUUAAAUGAUACCUCAGCUCAGAACCUUAAUUAAAUGAUCUAAUCUUAA